UUCUGGCAAAAUCUGAGAUAUCCGAGCCUCCAAGGCUCUGUCUGUAAGAUGAUAUGAGCCUGGUAUAUGGGACAUUCGAACGGUCUAUAACAAGGGUAUAAAUGGGGUAAACCCUUGCGUCCUGCCUUGUCUAAUGCAUCUUUCCUACGUCCAGCUCUUCUCACACUUGUUCAACAGAAGAUAAAACCAGACAGCCAAUCAUGAGACCUUGGAUCUUUGCUUUUACGGCCCUGGCAAUAUCUGUCCUGGCGCAAGACCCUGGCCCGUCUCCAACCGAGUCUGUUGGCUGUGAGCCUCACGGGGACCACUGGCACUGCGAUGGCCCUGCAUCUUCGACGGCUGUUGCAAUAUCAACCCAUUCUCAUGGCGACAAUGACGACGAAGCCACUAUCACUCCAACGGCCCCUAGCCCGAUGGCGUCGGUAGGAUGCGAACCACACGGUGACCACUGGCACUGCGACGGGCCGGCUGAAACCAGUGCAAGCGCAACCUCAACUUCAACUUCGACCGAGAGUCCGUCUGCAGCAGUUACUGAUGAUGAAGGUGCUGCCGCCCUUCUGUGAUUUGGGACACACUACAUUGCCAGAUGAGCGAAGCCAUAAAACCCAGUAGCUUCUUCAGUGAACCGUGCAACAAUCAUAAAGCUAGCUUGGAAAGAUAGGAAUAUACUGUGGAAGUUAUAAUCAUAUCCACAAGAGCCAAUGGUUAAUUACAAUUUGUUCUAUUCCAUUUAUAUACACUGGAUUAAAACUAUUUUUGGACUGAAUCGAUAUCAGCCCACCAAACCCUCUACUCUUGAACUAUACCUCCGCCUAUAGUAUUCAAUUGGAAUCCAAGCCCCAAAUCCAAACCCAAUUCGCAAAAUCAGACUAUAC